AUGGAAUGUCUUAAAGGAAUGUACUAUAUAGACUAUAUUCUGUACGUGUAUAUAGAGCUUGCAAUAGAAAAGAAUCCAUUGGAUAGAAAGACAGCGCUGCACAGCUCAGAUAAAAACAUGCAAAGCAGCCAAGAAGCACCCUACCGCUCAAAUUCGCCCUACUUUGCAUCGCUAAUCUCCAGUCUAAAGUCCAAACUGGAGUCAAAAGGAUGCGAGCUGGAAGAGGAGACCGUUUUGAAAUACGUUCUGUUUUUAAUUCACAACAACAUUCUGCUGAACUUUUUUGCUCCAGACGCGAACAGAAAGUUCUACAAGGUUUUUGACUAUCUGAAAAGCAUGCCAGAAGGCAGAAACACUCCCAUAAAAAGAGUGAUUAUAUGGGGACACAAGAUACUGCUGGAGAAUACAAAGGACAGAGAGUGGGCAAGGUAUUCAUCGUUGAACACCGAAGAGUGCGAUAAAAUGAUAGCAGAAAUAAUAGAAACAUCAAACACAAAAGAUGUGCUUGCAGAAAAAGAGGUUAGACAGAAGUAUUUUGAAGAGUUCAAAGAACAGCUACUACAAGAAACUGUGCGAAUAUACGAUGGACUGGGAGUUCCCCUCCUGGCAACAAUGGGCCAGCCAAGUCCAGUUGAAGAGACUGUUGAAGAGGUUGUAAACUUCAGAGAGAUAGUGAUGGGCACGGAUAAGAUGCUGUGGAGUGGUAAAAGUGCAGCUGAAUUUGAGGAGUAUAAGCAGGCUUCUCGCAUAGACACAGAGCUGGAAAGAAGAAGAAAGAGAGACCUAGCCAGAAAAGAAUUUGCAGAAAAGUACAAAUCGAUAAAGAUUGAUUCUCUGCUCAAUUCAAACAUAAAGGGCGUAGAAGUAGAGUGGAAUGAAAGUGAAAUUGAUGAAAAAGCGGAAAAGAACAAGAGCGCUGUAUCGCACGCAGAGAGCUUGGCAGCACAAGAAAACAGAGCAUUGGACCAGUCCUUCAAAGAGAACAUUAAAAAAACAAGAAAGAAGAAGAAGAAUUGGCUGCCUGCAGAAACAGCAGUGCUGAUAAAUGCCAUAAAUGUGUAUGGAAGAGCCUGGGAUGUAGUGCUGGAAAAGUGCAACUUUGAAAACGUGACAAAAGAGCAGAUAGUAGAUAAGUACAAAAGUUUAGUGAAGAGCAACAAAAUCGCCCGGGUGCCGCCAAGGGCAUAG